AUGGAGGCAGCGGAGGACAAACAAAUGAACCAAUCUCUAUCUGGUGAUGACGACCACGUCGGCGCCGACGACGAUCGGAUCAGCAGCCUCGGCGACGACGUGCUCGCCCGCAUACUCGGGCUGGUGGCCGACGCGAGGGCCGUCGUGCGCACGGGCGCGCUCUCGCGGCGGUGGCUCGGUGUCUGGACCCGCGUCGCCGCGCUCCGCUUCGACUCCUGGCCGGAGUUCGUGUCGGCCCGUGGCGCUGCACGGUAUCUCGCCUUCGUCAGUGACGUCCUCGCCCUGCGUGCCCGAUCCGACGCCGGGCUCGAGCGCCUGGCCAUCUCCUUCAUCAUGAACUGUGCGCCGGAUCUGAGCCCAUUUGUGCCGGCGUCCAUCACAGCCGCGCCAGCGUGGAUCCGGCACGCCAUGCAUCAAGGGUUGGAGACCAUGCGCCUGGCAUUAGGCGGCACCAGAGUCCGGCUCCCGGCGACCGUGGCGUACAUGUCACUCGCGGAUCUUUCGCUUGAGAGGAUAAACGUUGUAGGGAGCGGCGUGGACCUCGCCGGCCUCCUGUCGCCGGCGAGCUGCCCGAGCGUGGAGAGGCUGCGCCUGAAGAACCUUAGCUUCAGUUCUCAGGGAGAUCUGCGGCUUGAAUCUGGCGUGCUCACCGAGCUGUGGCUGGAGAAUGUUUGCUCUCUGGAGGCGUUGGAUCUGAGGAGUCCUAGCCUCCGGUUCCUCCACGUGAAGGACUGCCGCCAUGAGGCGCUAAAGAUCUCGACCCCGAAUCUUCAGGAGCUCAGAUUCGUGCAAACAACGCAUCCGCUGCAGCUCGAAGUUGAGGGCGAUUUGCUGAGCGUGAGGAGACUCAAUCUUCACCUGUACUCGCAUGCGUACGCAGGCAGAGAGGAGACCGCAAAUGAUGUCAGCGCGCUCCUCCUAGAACACUGUAGCUCAGCCACAUCCCUUGACGUCAUUCUUCAUGUUCCAAAGGACAAAGGGCUCGGUCUGAUAGAAGGCACAAUACCGCUGCUUCCUCAUGUCAAAUGUUUGACAGUUCAUGUCUCUCCUCGGUUCUCGUGGCAUGCCUUUGGAACUGGAUUUGCAAGCCUCCUCGCACAAUUCAUCAGUCUCAGAUCCCUAAGAGUACACUUGGAUUGCUUCCUGAAGAGGGAGUAUCACGCCGGCCACGCCGAUCCGGACACGUGUCAUUUCUUCUCAUGCUAUGAUCUAGACCGCUGGAGAUGGCGUGACAUACCCUUGGCUCACCUCCAAGAAAUAGAGCUCCGAGGGUUGAGAGGAACUCGCUGUGAGCUUGGGUUUCUGCAAUUCAUGGUCACAGGCGCUGCAGGGCUCCAGAAGGUGACCACAAGCUUCAGCUCGUAUGGCUCGAUAGAGGGCAGAAGAGAUGAUGGGUUUGAUCUCACGCUACUGGACGGCGGAACGUGGACUGCUCGCCGCUACGCCUACCAGCCAUUCGACUCGAGGCCUUGCAAUGGAGCGUAUUUGCAAGGACAGGUUCAUGUAUAUUCGCGCAAUGCACCUGAAUAAUGUUAGCAUGAAUUUGAUAUAGUUAUCCGUAGGCCAUAGAAAAAACAAAGCAAGUUCAUCCUUUUCUUUUUUGAUAAUUGGAUUCAUCUUUGAUCAUCUAGACGAAUGUAUGGUUGC